AUGGACCUUUUCAAGUCCUCAGUCUCUUACCCUAGACACCCCUCCCUGCAGAACUUUGAUACAGCCAAUGAUGUGGAAGUUGAAAGCCCCCUCUUCAGCCAGCCAGACCUGUCCAGAGAGAGCAAGAUCACGUCCAGGCUUUCCCAGCACCAGCCACACAAGGUCCUUCCCCAUUAUCAUGGAGAACCGGAGGCGGUGCUCAUAGGCAAGACCAGAGGCUCCGGCCCCAUCAGCUCUGUGUUUGGACGCUACUGGGCCCUCUUUUUCCGAAAGGCCAAGCACUCCCGGGUAGAACCAGGGCUGAUGAAGAUAGGGAUCUUUACUGAAGAAGCCAGAAACGCAGGUGAAGCCAUCUGUUUCAAGAUCCUCAAAUCUCUGGGAAAGAAGAGAUGUUACCAGGUGAAAGCCUCAAUCUUAAAGCUUUGCGAUAUGGCACGGAAUCAUCAGGGCAUCGUGCUAACGACGAUCCAACAAUAUCUCCAAGAAAAUGAAGAGGUUGGAGAAAUGUCUGCCCACUCACUCACAGAGAAGACCUGGAGAGAAGAACUUAAUCGUGAGAUCAGCAAAUGUAAAUGCAGCUACCCUGGGCAGUCCUCAGAGAAGGCUUGCCUAUACAUAUAUUAUGGGGUCGUCCUGCGGGCAUCUGACAAUGGCCUGGUGGUCAAGGAGCACCUGAGCACUCUCUUAGGCACCUCCCACCAGCGUGCCUUCCAGAGAGAGGGCAUGGCCAUCACCAUUGGUCUCGCAGCCACUCGACACCUUACCAUCACUUGUGGCGUGCUGGAGGAAUUUGGCAAAACAAUUAUCCUGAGGAAGAGUCCCAUCUCCAAGAUUGGCCAGUACCUGGAAGACAUUCACUGGAAGUGGGCCAGCAGCACUGUGUUGCUCUGCUACGGACACGUGGCAUCCCGCACAAAGGACAACAUCCUGACCCUGGCUGAUGGCAUCGCCUCCCAGAUCGUGUGUUACUUCCAGUGCAGCCACUGGAGGCUGAUUGAGAAGGAACCUCGGGACACUCUGUGCACCUCAGCCCGACAGGAUGCUAUGCUGGCUGUUGCGGGCCUUAGCAAACUAAAGCCCCCGCUAGAGGUCAAAGAGAAGUCGGAACUUCUGUAUAUCUGCUUCCGGAGUGUCUUCACCCUGCCACUCGUUGAGAGCCUGGAGAAGCACACAUGUCUGAUGAUGGAUCCCCCCGAUAUUCAGAUUCUCUACAGGCAAACUAUACAUGCUCUGGACCAAGUACUCCAGGGCUUCCUAUCUGAAAACCCAGAACCAGGAGAAGUACAUUACAUUCUGGAGCAAAUGGUCACCUGGAUGGAUUCAAGGCUCUCCCAUGAGCGUCAGCGAGCAGUGAGAAGCAGCGCCAUUCUUCUCAAGUUCAUUGUAGAGCAGGGCCAACCAGCUCUUUCCCUUUCCUCACAAUCUAAGAUGAAGUUUACCAGAAUUGGACGCCUGGUGGGCAUGCUGGGGAUGCUCUGUGGAGACCCCGAUGAAGACACAAGGCAUCAGGCCAUGGAGGGCAUGUUCUAUCUGUACACCAUCCUGCUUCAGCAGAAGGGACUCCACCAUGAGGCUGAAGUCAAACUGAAAGAGAAGGAGAAGAUGCAGUUCUUCUGCAAGACCCUCGAAUCCAACAACAUCAAUUUCUUAAGCGACAGCAACGAGAUUGUGAAGGCCUUUGGGGACCACUUUGACGUUUCGCAGCUGAGGGAUCUCAUGGUGACCGUGGUGGACGGCUUGCACUGCACUAUCCGCUUCCGAGCCCAGACUGCCGCCAAGAUGCUGAAUAAGAUCUUUGAAUGCUACGGGAACCAAGUCAGGGGGGCGGCUGAAAUCGGGAAGAGGAUUUAUCUCCAAAUGUGCCUUAUUCAAACCACGGAAGUCAGGAAGGCCGCCCUGUGUGCGAUCUCUCUACUGGUCAUACACCACACUAAGGACCUUGUCUUCACAUUCUUGGAAUACUCAAUAUCCAUGAACAGAGAUACUGUGGAGCUAUGGAGAGCAGUAGGGUCUGACCGUCAGACCAGCCCUAAGGUCUUGAGCCUUCUGCUGGAGAAAAUGGAGCUUAGACCCACCCUGGAGGAACUGAUCCAGUCCGGGCAUGCUUACUCAGAGUCUUUGGCUGCCAUGAACACACUAUAUGAGAUCAUCUUUACCCCAGAGUACCAAAAUGCAAUGAAAUUAUCCUUCCCCCGGUUCUUGCUCUCCAUGAUCACCCAGAUCCAUUAUAUCUUUGAGAUAAACCUGCAGGAUGACGAAUACAACUAUCUCAACAUGGAUUUUACCAGCCUUCCCAUUGUACAAGCCACCCCCAGCUGCACAUCUCUGGAGGCUGUGAAAAGUCUCUUCUCCAAGAAUGGCUUCUGGCAGGAGUUUGCUUACCUGGAGCUCCAAGAUGCCUGGACCCAGCUGGUGAUACCCACAUCAUUCUGCCAGGGUGUCUGUAUGCUCUCUAGGGCCAUGGUGGAAUACGACUGUUCCUACAUUCCUGGGAUCAUGCUUCACUGCAUAUCGAUGUUACAGAAGGAGGAGGAGAGACAGAGAAUUGUGGCCAUGAUUUUCUUCACAGAGUUCUUGCGGAGCCCUCUGACAUCAAGGCUGCUGCCACGAAGUGUGGUCUUGGCCCAUCUACACAAGGGCAUGAAAGACUCCAGCUUUGUAGUACGAGUGGUCAGCUUCCAUUGCUUCAGCAACAUUAUCAACAGCCCUGAAAAGGGUGGCCUGCUCCGCGCCCAGCUCCCAGCCUUCCUGGAUGCUCUCUGUGACCCCCGCGAGAAUGUGAUCGUGGCCAGCCUGUGUGCCGUGUCCAACGUGAUCUACCAGCUGGGCAAACAGAGUGUUGGCCCCUUCAGCCUGGAUAUUGCCCUCAGCCUGAGACCAUUCUUUGAUGAUGAAAGAGGAAUUGUUCGAGGUAGCGCCAUCUAUGUCUUUGGAACCCUUGUGGGCAGCAUGGAAGGCAAGGAAUCACCCCUCCUGAAAGAGCAAGUCUACCGGAGCCUCAUCCCCUUGCUUUUCCACUUUUUGGAUGAAGAUGAAGAAGUAGUGAGGAAAGCCAAGUUCACCUUCUUCCGUUGUGCCAGCUUCCUAAACUGGGACGAGCUGGAGACGCUCUUCCGUCGAAUUGCCUGGGAAGAGGACCUGCAGGCACUGCACAGCAUCUGGAAAUGUUUUAUGGAAAACAUGUUCUGCAAAGUGGACGUUUUCCUAUCCCAAGCCCUGGGUUAUAUCCACAGCAGACAAUGGAACAUGCGUACAGCUGCAGCACUCUACAUAGGACACACAAUCAACAUGUUGCCUUAUGAGGUAUCCAGGGUGCUGGAUGAACAAGGUGUGAUUCUCCUGUAUCAAAUUUUUUCCACACUAGAAGAAGAUGAUGAGAGAUUCAUCCGCCGCGUGGCAAAUGCCCAUUUCCCAAGCCUGCGCAUGGUGGCUCGCCUGGUGUAG